GUAAAUAAAUCUCCGUCGUGGAGCAUAGUAUACAAAAACAAAAUUUGAAAAUAAAAAUAUGUCAUCGCCAAGAAAUUCUAUAAAGAAAAAGAGCGCGGUCACAGCGACUAAGGCGGCAACAGAAAAAUCACAACAAAAGCAACAGCCACCUGCUCCAGAAAGCAAAUACACAAAGACAAGGGAACGCAUCGUUGACGAUGUGCCUCUUCCGCCCGCCCACAAACUCACCAUGGACGAGGUGUACGAUGCCAAAACGGGGAAGCCGAAUUUCGAUGCUAUGCGUGCGUAUUUCUUGCAAGAAGGACGUAUGGAGGAGGCUCCUGCGCUGCGCAUUAUCAAUGAGGGCGCGGCCCUAUUGCGGGCUGAGAAAAAUAUGAUUGAUGUAGAAGCGCCGGUAACGGUGUGCGGAGACAUACACGGCCAGUUUUUUGAUCUCGUCAAACUAUUCGAAGUUGGCGGUCCACCAGCCUCGACAAGGUAUCUCUUUCUUGGCGAUUAUGUCGAUCGGGGUUAUUUCAGCAUUGAGUGUGUGCUUUACUUAUGGGCCUUGAAGAUAUGCUAUCCGACGACACUGUUUUUGCUGCGCGGCAAUCAUGAGUGCCGUCACCUUACAGAAUAUUUCACAUUUAAGCAAGAAUGCAAAAUUAAAUAUUCGGAAGAUGUUUAUGAGGCCUGCAUGGACGCGUUCGACUGUCUGCCAUUGGCGGCGCUGCUAAAUCAACAGUUCCUUUGCAUUCAUGGUGGACUAUCGCCAGAAAUUUUCACUCUAGAUGAUAUAAAAAAGUUGAACAGAUUUAGGGAACCACCUGCUUUUGGACCAAUGUGUGAUCUGCUUUGGUCUGAUCCACUGGAAGAUUUUGGCAAUGAAAAAAACAGUGACUUCUUUUCUCAUAAUUCAGUGCGAGGAUGUUCCUACUUUUUCAGUUAUGGUGCUUGCUGUGAAUUUCUGCAAAAAAAUAAUUUGCUAUCAAUAGUACGUGCCCAUGAGGCGCAAGAUGCAGGCUACCGCAUGUACCGCAAAAAUCAGGCGACCGGGUUUCCUUCGCUGAUCACCAUCUUCUCAGCGCCCAAUUAUUUGGACGUCUACAACAACAAGGCAGCUGUACUCAAGUAUGAGAACAACGUUAUGAAUAUCCGACAGUUUAAUUGUUCGCCACAUCCAUAUUGGCUGCCAAAUUUCAUGGAUGUAUUCACGUGGUCAUUGCCGUUUGUGGGUGAGAAGGUCACCGAGAUGCUGAUGAAUAUUCUCAAUAUUUGUUCGGAUGAUGAACUGGUGUCCGGCCCGGACGAUGCGUUGGAAGAAGAGCUGCGCAAGAAAAUCGUUCUUUUACCAAUGAACACGAACACGAACAAUGCAACGCCACCAGCGGCGGCGAAACCAGUUUCUGGCGUGUCGGCGCUGCGCAAAGAGAUCAUACGAAACAAGAUCAGAGCUAUUGGCAAAAUGUCUCGUGUCUUCUCGGUGUUGAGAGAGGAAUCGGAGUCGGUACUGGCGCUGAAGGGUCUUACGCCGACUGGCGCUUUGCCGGUGGGUGCGCUUUCUGGCGGCAAGGAUUCACUGCGUAACGCGAUACAAACCUUGGGUGCCACACAGCAAAUCACUUCGUUUGCCGAGGCCAAGGGACUGGAUGCGGUUAAUGAGCGUAUGCCUCCCCGGCGACCAUUAAUGGUGGGCGGUGGCAACAAUACUAACAACAACAACAGCGAUACAACUAUUCACAAUAGUAGUAAUAAUAAUGGCACGAGCAAUAAAAGUGCCGACAUUAACCUCGGCAAGAAGGUUGUGAAACCGGCGACGGUGCGCUCCACCAGCUCAACGGCUAGCAAAUUUUAAUAGACUGUAGUUUAUAGGUUUUCUAACUAUCAUUUAGUUUUCUAUAUGCCUUAAAUAUUAAAUGCUCAUUCUUAUUUAUUUCUGCAUUCGACUUUUACAUAAAAUAUUUGAAUAACAUCAAUUUUAGUUAAUUUUGCUUAGAAAAAAUUUACACUUUUGUUAUUUUGCUAAAAUAAGAAAUCUUUUACAGUUAGCGCUAAAAUAAUUUAUGCUGCAUGAGAUGCUUGACAGAGUAUACUUUGUUA